AACAUCGCAAAUUAUUACUCAAUAUGAGGCUCUGUGCUCACUGACUAAACCGCUAGAUGCCACCGACUGCAGCCACGCUACACUACCAGACAAUCUUAGUAAAAAUAGAUCAAAAUUAAUCUUGCCAUUGAAUCGAACAAGACCAUUUUUGCGGGGUACAUUUGAUGACAGAACUGAUUACAUAAAUGCAGUAUUUGUCAACGGCUUCAAACACAAAGAUGCCUAUAUCAUUACCCAGAUGCCACUGGAGAACACUGUUGUUGAUUUAUACAGACUGUUGAGAGAUCAUCAAUCGCAUACAGUUGUUAUGCU